AGGAACGCCAGUCACAACUCCGAGUAACACAAUAUGGCUGAACAAGCCUUCUUUAUCGGCAUUCAUUUGUUUAUUUGUUUUGCAAAUUCGUUUUUAAGGAACCCUGGUGAUAGGACAGGCUCAUUUGCACAUAGCUUAUGUUGAACGAAGUUUCUGAUGAACUCCACCAACGGUUCAUCAGGUUAUCAGAAAUGUACUUCACUAUGGAGUUGAGUUUAGUCAGCUAAUGUUGAACAGGCAAUCGUUUAAAAAGCCUCCGCAUUUUUAUCCACUCAUUUGUGUGCUGUGUUGUAUCUUGAAAACGAACCUACACAGCCUUUUUAAAACGCGAAGUUGAAUGUCCUCGAGGGACCACUAGACUACACCUUCUCUGCAUUGUUCGCAUAGAAAUCGAAACUAAAAUGAAACUGUUUCGAACGAUAUACUGUGAGGCGACCAUUAACCCAAUGUCAUAGAGCAACACAACAAGACGACACUUCAUGAUCAGACGUGCGCUGCUGGUGACAACAGUCAAAGAAAACAAAUUAAACUGGCUCCUCUGAACAAAGGAAAUGGAUCCACGGCAGCAGGAGUCUUCGCAGUGCAAGAGCUCCACCAUGCCACACAGAGAACGCAGUGAAGAGUUACGUGACAAGAAGCCCAGUGAGGUACCUAUCAAACAUGACAUUGAGGAGGAGAAACAAACUUUCAGAAGAAUGAGAAGUCCGCCUAGACCCAGAAUAACUGGUUCAUUUAGGCAGAGAUUUGGAGGAAGAUUCUACAGACCACGAUUCAUAAGGGACGAUCAUUCAUUCCGGAAGCCCCGCUUCAGUUUUGGGUUCCAGAGGUACCACCCUUUCACCCCUCGCCCACGGUUCAACUGGAGAGACCAGUCCGGCCCACCGGGGCCCCCAGGCCCACCACAAGGCCCCCCGGGCCCUAACAACCAGUACAACAAACAGAGGAACAUGGACAGGAGCUCCACCACCAGGGCUUCUACUCCUAAAGAACACACCAGUGCUCUCAGGUCUUCUGCAGGCUCCAGCAGAGCGAAGGAGAAGCAGCCUGUGUCGUUCACAGUGGCUCAAGAGAAGGAGAGAUCCCACAGCAGAGAAAGAGAGAGGGAUAGAGAGCUCCCCUCCACCAUAAGCAGAGCCACAGCACGAAACAGAGCCAUCCAACAGAAGAGGAGAGAAAUAGAGCAGGUGUACCGUCAGGACUGUGACACGUUUGGCCUGGUGGUGAAGAUGCUGAUAGCCAAGGACCCGUCUCUGGAGCGGCCCAUCCAGCCGUCUCUAAAGGAGAACCUCGGUGAGAUCGGCCUGCGCUGUGUAGAGGCCAUGCAACAGUUCAUAGAGGAGUAUGACUCCAGGGAACCAUCACCACAGUGACACACACACACACACAGCCCUUUGUCUUAACCUGUGUAAGUGGUGUGCUUGUAUACCAAAACACACACAGUCAUAUCUCACAAAGCUCAGAAAUGUAACUCAAUAUUGUAUAUAUGCUGAUUUGGAUAUGUGACAUUGCCAAUGUUGAAUAGCACUAGUCUAUGUCAUGACUCAUGAGCUGGCCUGUCCUAGUGUCCUUGGUCAGUCAGGCCAAAGUCACUCCUGGUGCUCAGCCUUCUGGAAGCUCUGUCUUGGCCUGUGAUCGUGAUUGCUACUGAAACUUUCAAUAUUGCUCUUGACAGUGUAAUGGAAGAUAUAGGUAUUGCACUUGUGCUUCCUACUGAAGUACAGUUAAUGAAUUCUAAGCCCUGUGACAUAUUGAAAUGUUGUCUUUUUAUAGAAGUCCAAAGAAAAUACAAUUUAUGACAUGAUUAUUGUACAUAAAUUAGCUAUACUGUGUUGAUAUACAAAGAUGAUUACUUCUAAUACAGUGGAAGAAUCUAUUUACACAAAACCUUUGGAUGUUCUCAGUGCAAUAAAAUAAAUCUUUUAAAAAUGA